GAAUUGGAUAUAAAAGGAUAAUCAUGGGUCAAACAGGAAAAAAAUCUGAGAAGGGACCAAUUUGUUGGCGAAAACGUGUGAAAUCAGAAUAUAUGAGAUUGAGGCAGCUCAAGAGGUUCCGACGUGCAGAUGAAGUAAAAAGUAUGUUUAAUUCUAAUCGUCAGAAGAUACUGGAAAGAACUGAAAUCUUAAAUCAAGAAUGGAAACAACGUAGGAUACAGCCUGUUCACAUCAUGACUUCUGUGAGCUCAUUGCGCGGGACCAGGGAGUGCUCUGUUACCAGUGACAUAGAUUUUCCAAAGCAAGUCAUCCCACUGAAGACUCUCAAUGCUGUUGCUUCUGUGCCUAUAAUGUAUUCUUGGUCUCCCCUUCAACAGAAUUUUAUGGUAGAGGAUGAAACUGUUUUACAUAACAUUCCAUAUAUGGGAGAUGAAGUGCUUGACCAGGAUGGUACCUUUAUUGAAGAACUGAUCAAGAACUAUGAUGGGAAAGUGCAUGGAGACAGAGGUGAGCCCAAACUCUCAGAAUGUGGAUUUAUCAAUGAUGAAAUAUUCGUUGAGCUGGUCAAUGCACUUGGUCAAUAUAGUGAUGAUGAAGAUGAUGAUGAUGGAGAUGACAAUCCUGAUGAAAGAGAUGACAAGCAAAAAGAUCGGGAAGGUAACAGGAUGGAGAAAGAAAGCCAUCCACCUCGGAGAUUUCCUUCUGACAAGAUAUUUGAAGCCAUUUCCUCAAUGUUCCCAGACAAGGGUACAGCAGAAGAAUUGAAAGAGAAAUACAAAGAACUCACUGAGCAGCAGCUUCCUGGAGCUCUUCCUCCUGAAUGCACACCAAACAUAGAUGGACCAAAUGCUAAAUCUGUCCAGAGGGAGCAAAGCCUGCACUCUUUUCACACACUCUUCUGUAGACGCUGUUUUAAAUAUGAUUGCUUCUUGCAUCCAUUCCAUGCAACUCCUAAUACUUAUAAACGAAAGAAUACAGAAACAGCAUUAGAUAAUAAGCCUUGUGGACCGCACUGUUAUCAACAUCUGGAAGGUGCAAAGGAGUUUGCAGCUGCCUUGACUGCUGAGCGUAUAAAGACACCACCAAAGCGCCCAGGUGGCCGCCGAAGGGGAAGACUUCCAAACAACACCAGCAGACCCAGCACACCGACAAUAAAUGUACUGGAAUCAAAAGACACAGAUAGUGAUAGAGAAGCUGGAACUGAAACUGGAGGAGAAAACAACGAUAAAGAAGAAGAAGAAAAGAAAGAUGAAACAUCCAGUUCCUCUGAAGCAAAUUCUAGGUGUCAAACACCAAUAAAGAUGAAGCCAAAUAUUGAGCCUCCGGAGAAUGUAGAAUGGAGUGGUGCAGAAGCCUCAAUGUUUAGAGUUCUUAUUGGUACCUACUAUGACAACUUCUGUGCAAUUGCCAGACUAAUUGGGACCAAAACAUGCAGGCAGGUGUAUGAGUUUAGAGUAAAGGAAUCUAGUAUUAUUGCUCCAGUCCCUGCUGAAGAUGUUGAUACUCCUCCCAGAAAGAAGAAAAGGAAACACAGGUUGUGGGCUGCUCAUUGCAGAAAGAUACAGCUGAAAAAGGAUGGGUCAUCGAAUCAUGUUUACAACUAUCAGCCAUGUGAUCACCCACGUCAGCCUUGUGAUAGCUCAUGCCCAUGCGUAAUUGCUCAAAACUUCUGUGAGAAGUUUUGUCAGUGCAGCUCAGAAUGCCAAAACAGGUUUCCUGGAUGUCGUUGUAAAGCACAAUGCAACACUAAGCAGUGUCCAUGUUACCUAGCUGUACGCGAAUGCGAUCCUGACCUCUGCUUAACAUGUGGAGCAGCUGACCACUGGGACAGCAAAAAUGUUUCUUGCAAGAACUGCAGCAUUCAGAGAGGAUCCAAAAAACACUUGCUAUUGGCACCUUCAGAUGUGGCAGGCUGGGGAAUUUUCAUCAAAGAUCCUGUACAGAAGAACGAAUUCAUAUCUGAAUACUGUGGUGAGAUUAUUUCUCAGGAUGAGGCAGACAGAAGAGGAAAAGUAUAUGACAAAUACAUGUGCAGCUUUCUGUUUAACUUGAAUAAUGAUUUUGUGGUGGAUGCAACACGCAAGGGCAACAAAAUUAGAUUUGCAAACCAUUCAGUAAAUCCCAACUGCUAUGCAAAAGUUAUGAUGGUUAACGGUGAUCACAGAAUAGGAAUAUUUGCUAAAAGAGCCAUUCAGACUGGUGAAGAGCUCUUCUUUGACUACAGAUAUAGCCAAGCUGAUGCCCUUAAGUAUGUGGGCAUUGAAAGAGAAAUGGAAAUCCCUUGACACCAGCUACCUCUUCUUUUAAACAAACAGCUGCCUUAUCUUCAGGAAUUUCUAGUACUGUGGGCAAUUUUAGAGAAAUAAAAAUGAUGCAAUUUGAAAUUCUGUAUUUGCAAAGUACUGUAACAGUAAUUUAUAGUAACAAAUUAAAAAACCCCAACUUUUUAUUGCCUUCUCACCAGCUGCAAAGUGUUUUGUACCUAUGAACUUUUGCAAUAAUGUGGUGUGGUACAUUUUUCAACCUUGAAUAAAGGAUACUUGAACUUCUUCA